UCCCAGGUCCCAGCACUCGAAUAUAGUAGCCUUCCACCCUCCCUCUCCCACCUCCCAGCCCUCUACACUUCCUAGUCCUCAGCCCUCAUGUCUUCCCUGUCGUGUGCAUGCUGGCCCUGGCCACUUCCCCCACCCCCGGCAACUGCUUGCUUCCUGUGGCCCAUCCCAGAGCAAUGGGAAAGACGUGCGACCCCUCCCUCCUUCAUGAAAUGAUGGCCCUUGUGCAGAAUUCCCUCCACUGCAUCAAUGAGGGUCGGAAAAUCCUGGCCAGGGCCAUCUAUGCGCAGCUCCUCUGUCACCCAUCGGUGGCCCAGAGCCUGAUGCACAAAUCUCUGGGUAUUGUCACCCAGUGGGUCAAUGACCGUGACAUCAGCAUGGUGGGAAUCGGCCUGCAGGGCAUCAGCAACCUGGCCCUGCACCCAGGACAGUCAAAGGCUCUCAGGAGGCUGGUUCCGUACUUACGUGGCUUCCUGAGUGCUGAGGCGCGGGUGGCCGUGCGGGCGCUGGAGAGCCUGCAGAACAUCGUGCAGCACGCGCGGGACAAGGACAUCCAGGGAAUGUUCUGCAGCAUCUGCCAGCACCUGCGUCCCCUCAUCAAUGAUGAGAGGGAGCCAGUGAGGAUCUCAGCCACCUCUGCCCUGGGCCACAUGCUGAGCCGGGACAGCAAAUACAAGCCUGGAGCCACCAUGAAAAGGGAACUGUAUACAUUUCUGCUCCCGUUGCUGCUGAACAUGCAGGAGGGAAACAGCGAGAUGGUCAAGGCCUGUGGAGGGGCCCUUGCUGAAUGGGCAGAGCUGACUGGCUGGGCGUCUCUGACCCACAGCUUGCGGCACACCACCCUCAGUGACCCCCCGCAGGUGCUACUGGACACAUGCGCGUACCUGGUCCACGAGGGCGAAUACCAGCUGGUGGGGCAGUGACUGUCCCAGAGCCUUGAGUUCCUGGAGAGCCCGCAGACCUCCCUCAGGCAGCUGCCCUCAAUUUCAUAGGUAAGGCGGGGGCUCCUGGUGACUCCUCCCUCCUCUCUGCAGCAGGG